AUGGCAGCUGCCCAUCGUUUGGUUAUUGUCCGCCACGGCGAGAGCGCCUGGAACCAAGAGAACCGCUUCUGCGGCUGGUUCGACGCCGACCUCAGUGAGAAGGGUCUGGGGGAGGCCAAGCGUGGAGCCCUGGCCAUCAAGGAGGCAGGCCUCAAGUUUGACGUGUGCUAUACCUCCGUGCUGAAACGUGCCGUCAAGACCCUGUGGACCAUCAUGGAGGGCACGGACCAGAUGUGGCUGCCCGUGAUUCGCACCUGGCGCCUGAAUGAGCGUCACUACGGAGGCCUCACCGGCCUCAACAAGGCCGAGACAGCCGAGAAGCACGGAGAGGAGCAGGUGAAGAUCUGGCGCCGCUCCUUUGACACCCCACCUCCACCCAUGGACAAGGAUCACCCUUACAACAAAAUCAUCAGUGAGUCCCGGCGCUACAAGAAUCUGAAGCCCGGUGAGCUCCCCACAUGUGAGUCACUGAAAGACACUAUUGCCCGCGCACUGCCUUUCUGGAAUGACGUCAUCGCGCCUGAAAUCAAGUCGGGGAAGAACGUUAUCAUCGCUGCCCACGGCAACAGCCUCCGUGGCAUCGUCAAGCACUUGGAGGGUAUGUCCGAUGCGGCCAUCAUGGAGCUGAACCUGCCCACAGGAAUUCCAAUUGUGUACGAGCUGGACGCAAACCUGAAACCAAUAAAGCCCAUGGCUUUCCUCGGUGAUGAGGAAACCGUAAAGAAGGCCAUGGAGGCCGUGGCCGCCCAGGGCAAAGCCAAGAAGUAA